CGUGAAAUUCACCCGCCUAUUUGAUAUUUAGAAAUCAAACCAUCAAAUUAGAAAUAUAAAAUUUAAUUGAAAACAAAUAUUGAAAAGUAUGAGAUAGAUUUGUGGCGUAUGAGCAUCCGGACGAGCCAAAUGCGUGCGCUAAUUUUUUUUUUUCCUCUGCAUCAGCAGCUUGCACGACUAGGUAGACUAUAGCCGACGCGCGGAACAUUAUCCCGCUUCUUCCGGCUCUGAUUUUCUUCGUCCUGAUACGAGUUACCACCCGUUUCACGGAAGCCGAGAUUGCCAAAAAAGCCAAUAAGAGGUCCCUUUUCGAACCCAAUCUCCACUACAAGUCUCUCUCGGCCUCUCUCUUUCUCUCCAUUUGCGAAAUAUAAUCUGGGGCUAUACAAAAUCAGGGAGGAGAAGUUACUUCUUUUCGGAAAGAUGGAGAACUUCUCAAGGAUCACAGUUCUUGUUUUAAUACUCUGCUGCUUGGCACUAACUGAGGGAUCGGAGUAUCUGAAAUAUAAGGACCCUAAGCAGCCGCUGAAUGUUCGUAUAAAUGAUUUAUUGAGCAGAAUGACUCUUGCUGAGAAGAUAGGUCAGAUGUCACAAAUUGAGAGAGAAAAUGCCACAGCUGAGGUGAUAAAGAAGUACUUCAUAGGUAGUGUCUUGAGCGGGGGAGGCAGUGUUCCUUCUCCUCAGGCUUCUGUUGAAACUUGGGUGAAUAUGGUAAAUGAGAUGCAGAAGGGUGCUUUAUCGACCCGUCUAGGAAUUCCUAUCAUCUAUGGUAUUGAUGCUGUUCACGGUCACAACAAUGUGUACAAAGCUACUGUGUUCCCCCACAACAUUGGGCUUGGAGCUACAAGGGAUCCAACUAUUGUGAAGAAAAUUGGUGCUGCAACCGCUCUUGAAGUUAGAGCUACGGGCAUUCCUUAUGUCUUUGCUCCAUGUGUCGCGGUUUGUAGAGAUCCGAGAUGGGGCCGCUGCUAUGAAAGCUACAGUGAAGAUCCAAAGGUGGUAGAAGAAAUGACAGCUAUCAUCCCUGGCCUGCAAGGAGAAAUUCCAGCAAAUUCUCGGAAAGGAGUUCCUUUUGUAGCUGGACGGAAAAAGGUUGCUGCAUGUGCCAAGCAUUAUGUUGGUGAUGGUGGGACACAUAUGGGAAUCAACGAGAACAACACCAUCGUCAAUUUCCAUGGGCUGCUCAGCAUUCACAUGCCUCCGUACUAUGAUGCUAUUAUCAAAGGUGUCUCUACUGUUAUGGUCUCCUAUUCAAGUUGGAAUGGAGUAAAAAUGCAUGCGAACCAUUAUCUUGUGACUGAUUUCCUCAAAAACAAGCUCCGAUUCAGGGGCUUUGUAAUCUCAGAUUGGCAAGGAAUUGAUAGGAUCACGAGCCCUCCGCAUGCAAACUACUCUUAUUCGAUCCAGGCAGGAAUUCAUGCUGGCAUUGACAUGGUAAUGAUUCCUUAUGACUAUAUUGAGUUCAUUGAUGACCUGACCCUCCAAGUUGAGAACAAUAUCAUCCCUAUGAGCCGAAUCAAUGAUGCUGUAAGAAGAAUCCUCCGAGUCAAGUUCACAAUGGGCCUAUUUGAGAAUCCCUAUGCAGACCUUAGCUUAGCCAAUGAGCUCGGGAAGCCUGAGCACCGUGAGCUGGCAAGAGAAGCUGUUAGGAAAUCAUUGGUGCUGUUGAAAAAUGGGAAGUCUGCUGAUGAUCCAAUGCUGCCCCUUCCUAAGAAGGCGAAGAAGAUCCUUGUUGCGGGUACCCAUGCCGACAAUUUAGGAUAUCAGUGCGGAGGAUGGACAAUAACCUGGCAAGGACUUAGCGGGAACAAUCUCACCGCCGGAACCACGAUCCUCAAAGCCAUUAAAUCCACUGUUGAUGACGCCACCGAGGUUGUGUACUCCGAAAACCCUGACCAUGACUUUGUUGAGAGCAAUAAGUUUGAUUAUGCGAUUGUAGUGGUUGGCGAACACCCAUAUGCAGAGACAGCUGGCGACAAUCUAAACCUCACAAUUCCGGAUCCGGGUCCGAGCACGAUUAAGAAGGUCUGCAACAGUGUCAGAUGUGUUGUUGUCAUAAUCUCGGGCCGGCCUCUGGUGAUCAAGCCUUACAUGGGCAUGAUGGACGCGCUUGUGGCCGCAUGGCUACCGGGAACAGAAGGGCAAGGCGUGGCCGAUGUUCUAUUUGGCGACUAUGGCUUCUCUGGCAAGCUUUCUCGCACUUGGUUCAAGUCUGUGGAUCAGCUCCCAAUGAACGUUGGUGACCCGCAUUAUGACCCGCUCUUCCCAUUUGGAUUUGGGCUCACGACAAAACCGACAAAAGCUGAUUAGGAUUGGUAGGAGACAUUCAUGAUGACGACUCUCUUUAUUUUUGGUCAAUGGUAAAGAUUAUAUAUUUAUGAUUGGAUUGUACUCCUGUUUACUGGAGAAUUAGUGAGAAGGUCGUCAAUCAUAAACUAUUUUGUUAUCAUCUGGAGCAGAUAGAAUAAACUGAUCCUCCUUUCCUUCUA